UAUAUUAGUGUAUAUCAAAAUGGCGACCGGCGGUAGGAGUUUUAUAAGAGCCUCGGAUAUUAUACAUGAUUUUUCUUGCUCUCCUUGCUCAGAAAACAAAAAUAAUUCAGAAGCAAUAUAUAAAUGUGUCGAGUGUAAAACCUUUCUCUGUGCAAAAUGUCGCGAUGGACACAACCAGUUUGUCAAAGGUCAUAAGGUAGUUGAUGUCCGAGCAAAGGAUAUUGGAGGAAGUUUGAUUCAUUGGAAAGGUUAUAAGUGCGAGGAACACCCGGACAAGAUGAUUGAAAUGUACUGCAAGACACAUGAUGAAGUCUACUGUCCUGUUUGUAUACUGAAACACAGAUCAUGUACAGGAGUGGACUACAUUCCAAAUGUUGCUAAAACAGUCAGGGGUGUAACUUAAAGCAGUUAUCAUUUUUAUAACUGAAUUAAGUUACAUAUUUAAGAUCUACAGGUUGCUUCCCUUUGUCUAUCCCGAUAAUUGGUUAUCCCUUUUAGAUUAUUCUAAAAAUAGGUUACAAGGGCACUAAAUCACGCGAGCUUCAUUUUAUUGAUCAUAUGUCCUGUUAAGCUCCCUUUAAUUUUGGAAAUAAGAGCGGCUUAUAUUAAAAACUGAAGUUCAGAGAACAGGGCUAGGGUUCAUAAUACAUGUAAUAAUAUUUGAUGUCACAGGCAUAUUAGGGGGCGGCAGGGCAUGCCCCCUCAGAAAAUUUUAAAAUACUGCACUGCAUUUCUUGAAUUUUGAGCACUGGCUUUUGGUGUCUUUCACUGAGUGUUCAAGUAGUAUUUUUUCACAUUAUUGUUAUACAAAUAAAAGAAAGAAGUUAGAUAAUAACUGUUAGUAUUUUUGGAUCAUUAAUUACCAAAAAAAAUAACCAAUAAAUCCAAAUUAUCAUAAUUUUUUAUCUAGCUUUGACUUACUUUUUAAUAUACCUUUUACGUUUAAUCAUUAAAUCUAUUUUUUUAAAUAAAAGAUCGCUGAAUUGAAGCAAGCGUUCGCUCCAUUUUGAUUUUUUGACAAUCUGUGUCUUAAAUGCAAACAAAUUUAAUGGUGAUGUUGCACAUCAAAGACGCCGAACAAUCAACGGUUAUGUUGACAAUUGCUCCCUAUUUCAGUUGAAUAUUCAAAGCACUAAUCAUUUUUUUUUCUUUUUUUUGUGCUCGUUAUUUAGAAAAUCGCAUAGUUUUGUCAAAAAGAAGACCAUAUAUAUACUAAAUUUUUAAUGCAUAUAUUCAAAAAUUAAUGCCAUGUCUGAAAAUCUGAAAUAUUUGUUUGUUGCGACAAAAAUUGAAAGGUCUGGUCGAAGCAAAAUAAAUUGAAUAACAAUAUAAAACUGAAAUGAUUGGUAUACUUAAAAUA